AUGGGGGAACUGCAGAAUAUGGCUGCUUGGUUCAUCCGGGUGGAAGAGAUGAGGGCUUUCCAGAAGAUUCAAAAGGAGGCGGUAAUGCAACCCCCAGGUCAUAAAUCCGAUCGGAAGGAGAAACGAAAGAUGUCAGGAUUAGAUAGGAGACAAGGAGGUCGGUACGAACAGCAAAAAGGGCAAAAGUAUAACAACUAUACGUUGCUAGGGGUACCCCGUACCAAGAUAUUCAAAGAGGCGAUGCAAACCGAACAACGUCCUCCCAAGUCGCAGAAAAACGAUCCGAACGGUGAUAAAGGCUUGUAUUGCAAGUAUCACAAGGUUGUUGGUCAUAGCAUGGAAGAGUGCCACGCUUUGAAGGAUAAAAUUGAGGAGUUAAUAAGGUCGAGACAGUUGAAAAAAUAUGUACGAAGUGACACCCGAAGAAGGUCGCCCGGAAGAGAUCGUCAUACAAACAAGAAGGAUGCACGUCGGAGCAAGAGUAGAAGUGUGGAAAGGCCUCUUAAGGGUCAUAUCAAUACUAUUUCAGAAGACUUCGUGGGAAGAGGUUCAACCUCUUCGGCAAGGAAGAGACAUUUGAGGGGGUUGAGGAGUGUGAAUAGCAUAGAGAUGACAAGGCGGUCAAUGUCGAGCAUCACUUUUUCUGAUAAGGAUUUUCAUGCUCCUGACCCUGAACAGGACGAUCCAAUGGUAAUAACUGCAAUCGUUGCUCGAUACAGUAUAAGCAAAGUGCUCAUUGACCAGGGUAGCUCGGUAAAUAUACUUUAUUGGAAAACUUUUGAAAAGAUCGUGGGAUUCGCUGGAGAACGGGUGGACACUAGGGAUACGUGGACUUACGAACGAGUUUAG